UUCUCUGUCAGUCAGUCAUGGAUGCUUUCAGAACUCAUAGGUUAAAAUAAAUUUAAAUAAUGAUUUUGUUUCUCUACAGGUAAUUCUGUGUUUAACAGUUAAAAUGUAGAUAACUGUCUUGGAAUUCUUUCCAUGAUGUUUUAUCCUAGAGAUAUUGAUCUGGGUUUUAGAUUUUAUUACUUGCAUUCAAAUUGCAUACACACCAAUAUUAGCCUAAUGCACCCAGGAAAAGAAUAAAGACAAAAUGGCAAACACUUCAAGUCCAUUUGGCUACAGAAGAGAAGCAGUAAGAGUAAAAGUGAUGAAAUGUGAAGGUGUAUUGCCUCCGGAGUAUAGGAAGUUCAGUGUAGACCCUCAAAUCACUUCAUUUGAAGUGCUGCAAAGUAUUCUAGCAAAAGCAUUCGAUAUUAAAGGCGACUUUACUGUGAGGUAUAGAGUGGUUGAUGACUAUAAACAAGAAACUUACAUUUCAUUGUUGUCGGACUGGGACUUGGAUGCGGCAUUUCUCAGCUCAUCGGAGCCUCAUCUAGACCUUCGUGUGGACUUAAAGCCGUUCUCAGAGUCCCGUGAGUGUGAGGAAUGUUGGGUAGAGAGUUCCAACCCAGAACCUCUACCAGCCGAGAGCAGACAGACUCGACUACAGGGACUUAUCAUGAACCACGUUGAGAGGACUUUUAACAUGGUACAGAGGGCGUUGAACUUGGUUGAAGAACAAACAGCGUCGUUUGCACCUGCCCCUAGCAGUAUCCCUCCCCGCCCUCCACUCACGGACGCUGAGUUCCGCACAUUCCUAGACCCGAUCGGACAAGUGGUGCGAGAUAAGGAACUAAGAGCAGUAAUUUAUUUCGGAGGAAUUGAACCGAGUCUCAGGAAGGUUAUCUGGAAGCACAUUUUAAAUGUCUACCCAGAAGGUAUGUCAGGAAAAGAACGAAUGGACUACAUGAAAAGAAAAUCUGCAGAAUACGAGAAACUUAGAGAUACCUGGAGAGAAAUGCUGAAAAAUGGCCAGAUGGUAGGAGACUUGGCUUAUGUCACCAGUAUGGUACGCAAGGAUGUUCUGCGAACAGACAGACACCAUGUGUUUUACGCAGGAAGUGAUGACAACAAAAACAUAGCUGCUCUCUUCAAUAUUUUAACAACGUACGCUCUCAAUCACCCGGCCGUCAGCUACUGUCAAGGCAUGUCAGAUCUUGCGUCUCCGCUGUUAGUCACGAUGAAUGACGAGGCUCAAGCGUACAUCUGUUUCUGUGCGCUGAUGAGACGACUCGCUCCCAACUUUCUGCUCGACGGUAUCACUAUGACUCAGAGGUUUCAACAUCUAGCGGAGGGCCUUAUGUAUUACGACAACGCUUUCUACUCAUACCUCAAAUCACAUCAGGCUGACGAUCUGCUUUUCUGCUACCGUUGGCUGCUGCUUGAAAUGAAGCGAGAGUUUGCGUUUGAAGAUGCGUUGAGGAUGCUGGAAGUGAUGUGGAGUUCUCUGCCACCUUCGCCUCCAGAGAAGGAGAUCAAACUGUUUGAUCAGGAGUUUCUCGGAACUCCCCCUCCUCCGAGUCCUCGACCUAGGGAGAACGCUUACACAAAGAUCUGCGCUCUGCGACGACAAACUUCCGGGGCAUCACUCAGUCUCGAUGAAGGCAUUAGCUUAAAAGCCAAACACGCCAAACAACCAAAAACACGACCUUUCAACAGCCUUGACGAGGCAGCUUUGGAGAAAACACAAGAAGUUGAAAAGCCUCCUUCUGGCCGUGUAGUUAAAAACCUGAACGAGUUCCUCAGUUUCGAUAAGAGUGGCAAACUCAAAAAAGUUAACACAAAUGCUGAGAAAAAGCGAGAAAGCGAGGAUGACGGAAGUUCUCCGGAUGAUUCGACGGAGUAUUUUCCGAUGACAACUUCUAUGACGAGAGAGUUGAGGUUGGAAUUGGAGAGUUUGGACAGACACGUGUUUGGGAGCGACAAACGGAAUCCAAUGCUCGGAGACGAGGUGUUUGUGUGGGAGAAUCCUUUGAGAACAGCUACGACGCCCGAUGAACAAACAGAGCUAGAAAUGGACGUGACUGUCGGGGAAAUAAUAGAAACAGAUGGAAGUUCCGUUAAAUCUGUUACACCAAUUAGAUUGUUGAAAAAACAUGAGAGUGAUACAACUACUUCUUCCAGAACUGAAAGUCCCUUGGACAACAGCCUGUCCAGUGACGGAACUUCGAGUCUGCUGGCUCGGAGAAAACAAACUUUAGAAGAAAUAAAUACAAACGUGAAUGGAAACGUCUCCUCAGUGUCGAGGCCUUGUGACGAUCUCAAUUCUGACAUUAGUGAUUCCGUUAAAGCGAAAGGGAGUAAUUUGCUUCCACGCCCGGACGUUUUCGGAGGUGGUAAUCCAUUUCUUAUGUUUCUUUGCAUUACAGUUUUGCUGCAACAUCGAGAUCUAAUUAUGCGAACUGGGAUGGACUACAAUGAAAUGGCAAUGCAUUUCGAUAAGAUGGUCCGUAAACACGAUGUCAACAAAGUGUUAAACAUGGCUCGACAGAUGUACGCUUCUUAUUUGAAACAACAUAGUGAUAUCCAAUCACACCUCAGUGUAUGAUUUAACAUAUCUGAUUUUAACUGAUUAUCCAAAGACUGGUCCUUUUUGAUCUGUUGUUAUUGUUUACUCAUUCAUUGAAAUUUUUCUCAAAGAAUAUUGUAGAAUUCCCACCAACGUAGAUAAAUUUGUAUUAUUACACCACAAGUGCUUUUUACCACCAAUAUUUUUACCAGACAAUAAAAAUCAUCCACAUAAUCAGAAAAUAAUUUUUUUACUAAUUAAUAAUAAGCUAAAAAUAUCUGACAUAACAUGUGUCUUGUUUCAUCCCAAAAAAAGUAAAAAUAUAAGUUUUUCCCAACUCAAAAAAUAACCAAUGUUAAUAGGCCUGCCAGCUGAAUAUUUUACAUCGGGUGGACCGAUUGCUUCUAGGUGUCGAGAUUGCUUCGGCAAAAAUCUCAAACAAACAAACAGUAUAUAACAUAAUUUUAACUCCCUUUACCAGGCUUACGUUUAACAAAUGACUACUAUGUUACAAGCAUAUAAUCUCUUUGAGAUAAAAGAUAAUAAAACACGUGAAGGGUAAAAAUAAUACGACUAAACGUGAGUAUAUUUUCCAGAAAAGACCAAAAAAUACAUUCCAUUAUUCCAUAUGAAACAUUUUAGUUAGUCAAGAGUAAUGUUCUAUUAUAUUAAUUACGUUUAAUCCUAUAAUGUAUACUAAAAUAGUUGUGUUCAACAAAUUAAAGUUUGGUUUUAUCAAGCUGCGCACAUUUAUAAGCAUUUAAUAGAUUUUUAAAGGAUUCAACAGCACACAAUUAAUAAUUAAGAUACUGUAUGGUUAUUUUUUGUAACCUUUCCCGGUGAACAUAUAAUCCUGAUUACAAAACUCAGUAAUUUUUUUUGUCAAUUGUAAUAUUUUCAAACUAGUUGCACAGUAAAUUAUUGUGAUUGAAAUUAAUCACAUUGUAGGUUAGAAAUAGUUUGUAAAUAGUAGCUUACACAUUGUAGUUUAUAUGAUUAAUGAGGCUUAGGUAUGUAUAGAUCUCCGAUGUAUAUUUCUCAUAAUAUCAUUAGUUAGUUGAUCCUUUUUACUUGCUCAAAGUUGGCAAUAAUUUUGCAGGGAUGGUUGUAUGAUUAUAAAUUCGAUAUUAGACCAACUUGCUUUAGGCUUAGCUUGACGAUAUAAACAUCUUAGCCUGUAGAAUGCAGAUGCUUGAAUCAAUGAAUCUAUGAUUCUCUGUUUACAAUACCGGUUAAUUCAGAAAAAUAUUUUUAACUCAAAUAGUACUAUAGCACUGUUUUGUGAUUUUAGUAAAUUUUUACAAUGUUGAGAAAGAAACGUUUUACUCUAGUUUAUUAGUAUUGUACUUAAUUUUGUGAUUAUUAUUGUAAAAGAGGAAAUGCAUUGCCUACUGAUGAAAAGUCUUGUGAUAGAGAAAUUGUUCCAAAUAUUAAGUUUUAGCUCUAAUUUAAGUUCUGUUUUUGUGUAUACUAUUUUAUUGCCUUUAAUUAUGGAAUAUUAACUAAUUUAGUAUAUGAGUGUUGUUUAUGAAGUAAAGAAUACAUUCGAUUUGAGUUCUAAGACCUCUGAAACUAAGUUUGCAUCUGACAAAUUCAUGCUUAGUAUGAUUCAAUACCUUAUAAGUAUUUGACAUCUUUGGUACUAUUGAUUGUUUGAAUCCGGCUGAUUUAAACCUACCUCAAGUCCACUUAGCUUGAAAGUGUAAAUGAUAUGUCUAUCAAAAAAAACUUUGUCUACAUUCCCAAA